GGGCGUUGCCACGUCGACGAUAAACACCGAAUUAUCAGUGAAGACUCCUUGAUGCUCGUCGAUCAGAUUACGGAAAAGUGAAAUUAGUAGUUACAGAAGAAAUUGAAAUUACCAUUAGUGAUUUGUUAAUUAAAUAAAAUAAAGAGAAAUCAACCAAGGAUGAUCCCUGUCGUUUGUGUGUAUAUUGGCGGGUUAAACAGCAUUCGGCCGUUUGCGCAGGAAAUGAAGACCGUGACGUUACACUUGGCAGCAGCUGCGAGCUCCUCCUCCACGGAGAUUUGUACCGGGGUAGGGCUGUCAUCGGGGGGGUCUGUUUCUGGGCGGCGUGGGGCUGACGUGGCAGCAGCAAGGAGGGCUUCUCCGGUUAUUUGUCGAAGGUCAGCUGCUGCUGACGUGGCAUGGAGGAGCUUAGCAAUCAAGGCGGGGAUUAAAUCAGCGGCGGGGGUCGCGAGGUGGUGGGAUCUGCCGCCACGUGGCAGCCGCCAUGUGGUGCUGACGCUGGCUAUGAACCGACCGCGAAUGCGAAGGGGGGGAUCUCCACGCACGCCCCUCUCCCCCCCCCCCCCUCCCCGCUUAACCCCAAUAGACCCUGAGAACAGGCCUUGGUUUUGGGACGAAGAAGACGAAGAGGAAGAAGAGCAAGAGAGGCGGGGGGCGCGGGGUGGAGGGUAUUUUCAAGACCCCCAGGUAGCCCGAGGAGGCCGUGAGGAGGAGGAGGAGGAUGUGUACAGCAACAGGUUCUGGCGGGAACCGGACGAUGAUGACUACUCCAUCGGCGGUGGCGGGAGGGAUCCUAGCAGGUCGGCUUCUUCUUCUUCCACGAUGAUGGGAUCUGGUCUCGUCGGGAUCGGGGCGGGGAAAGAAGGGGCGCGAGUGACGAGGAAGGGGUGGAUCAACGGGCUCAUAGCGGGUGCGUUCGUGAUCGGGAUCGGGGCGGGCAUCACCAUCGACAGCGUGCUGAACGCCGACGCCAAGACGGUCGCGUCUCGGGAGGUGAUUGAUCGCCAGACUCCCAAUCCCGACAUCUGUCUGGCCAAUGGGAUGAGCGCGAUGGUCCUGGACCAGCGGCUGUUCAUCUCCUUCAACCCGUUUAACGUGUACGUGACGCAGGCCGAGGUUAAACCGGGAUGUGUGCUCCGACAGGCUAAUUGGAGCGUUCUAGAGAGUAGGGGAUUGCUAUCUGGCAAAGAGGCGCAGAACUGUAAGAAGAACAUGAAUACCUUCGGGUUUGUCGGGGACCUCAGACAGGCGCCAGAAAUUUCGUGCGUGUAUCAUAGCGAAAGUGCGGAGAAUCUGUUUCUCAAAGAUCCGGCAAAAGCAGCACUGGGAGAUGGCUUCCAACCAAGAGAUUUUGACGACAAUUAAUUAAUUAAUUAAUUAAUUAAUUAAUUAAUUAACUCGAAUUAAAGAAAUUGAUUGGAAGAUUAAAAUGAAAUUUAAUUAAUUGAUUGAAUAUAAUUAAAUUGAAAAGUAAGGAAUCAAUCAAUCAAUCAAUUAAUUAAUUAAUGAAUUAAUGAAAAAAAUGUGCGCUGGAGGAGGUGGAUAGGAGCAUAAGAGUGUGGAGCAAGACAAGAAAAGUGAGUUUUUUUUUUUUUUUUUUUUUUUNGAAAUUGUUGCGCGUGUGCUAUCAUUUUCACUAUACACCACUCCAGAGGGAAAACAUGAUUGUGCCUAGCAGACUGUUUUGUCGGAUUUUUCAUCGACUCAUCAGGCAGGAGGUUGAACCUGGACGGACAGUCGGUCCAGGAUGGGUUUGACUGAUGGAUAAGGGGCUUACAGCACUCGGCGAAAGCAGCAGUUCUUGGCGAUGGCGCUUACAACGAUGAGAUUUUGACGACUAAUUAAAUUUGAUUAAAUUAAUUAGUUAAUAAAAAUAACAAUUAAUU